AUGCGUCCUCUCACCGAGACCGAGACGCAAACUCUCUUUGCAAAGCUUGCAAACUAUACUGGAACAUCCCUCAAGAAUCUCAUCGCGCCAUUAGACAAUGGACCAAAUGCCGACCGAUAUGUCUUUCGAAUUCAGCAAUCCAGAUGCUAUUACGUGCGCCUCUCCCUCGCAAACCUCGCAACCUCAGUCGCCAAAGACAAAUUGUUAUCGUUAGGGACAUGUCUAGGCACGUUCAUCAAUCUCCCAAAAAACUUUAUCAAAUUCUAAUGUCGCAAUAGGAAAGUUUACCAAGACUGGAAAAUUCCGUCUUCACAUUACCGCUCUUCCAAUUCUCGCCGAGCACGCGCGAUACAAGGUCUGGGUCAAGGCGAAUGGUGAAAUGCCGUUCUUAUAUGGGGGCCAUAUCGUGAAGGCACAUGUUGGGAGAUGGUCAGAUGAUUGUCCUGAGCAUCAGGGUGUGGUGGUGUAUAGCAUGAACGACACGCCGUUGGGAUUUGGAGUUACAGCCAGAAGUACACAAGAGGCGAGAAGGUUGGAUCCCACUGGAAUUACGUGCUUCCGACAGGCGGAUUGCGGAGAGUAUUUGAGAGACGAGGACAGUCUUUUUGCAACGAGCUGA